UCUGUAACGUGCAAGCUCGAACCCCACCCUUUCUCUCUCUACCCUCUCUCUCUCUUCCCCGUAGCUGAAAUCCAUGCGAUCAUGGCGGUGUCCUUCCCCUCGUCAAAUUUGACCAAAUGGUUCCCCUUCUAGUUUUCCUCACAACUCCAUCUUUCCCCAAAAACCGUUUUUCUAGGGUUUACUCGUUCUGAUUUCACCCCAUUUCUGUCCUGAAUCGGAGAAAAACAAAAUCAAAUCUUCCGCCACAGCCGCCGCCGCCGCCGCCCCCGGCGGAGACGACGAAACCGGAAAGUUUACGGAAGAUCAUCUGCGAGACGAUCCGAUCGCCGGAUCUCGAUCGUUCUUACAAUUUCAUCGAGUUUCAUGAAACCCUAACCCUAGGUCAAGAAAGCAGCAGCCGCCACCCCUAAUCCGAAAUAAUUACCUCUGGUGCGAAUCGUACUGUCCCGCUUUAGACGCUGCUCCAUUAAUUCUCACCUAACCAUCUGCUCUUUUUGUCUUCUUCCGGAGAACCAGAACGCGACAAAGAGCCGGACCGAAAGGAAGACACAACGCUAGGGACAGAGAUAGAAUUCGAAUUCGAUGUCGUCUUCGAGCUCGCCAUGUGCGGCGUGCAAAUUUCUCCGGCGAAAAUGCGCGCAGGGAUGCAUAUUCGCGCCGUACUUUCCGCCUGAAAAUCAGUCGAAAUUCUCUAAUGUGCACCGCGUUUUUGGGGCCAGCAAUAUCGCCAAGCUGCUCGCCGAUCUGUCGCCCGAUCAGCGGGAGGAUGCCGUCAAUUCCCUCUCCUAUGAGGCCGAAGCUCGCAUCAACGAUCCCGUGUAUGGAUGCGUCGGGUAUAUUUCCCUGCUUCAGCAUCGGCUUGUGCAACUCCAACGCGAUCUCUCUGCUGCAAAGAGAGAGCUUUCUAAUUACAUCAAUCACGCAGCGGUUGGAGGACCGAACAAUCAAUUCUAUGCAACCCCUCCAUCUAUGUACAGAGAUCAAAAUCAACAGAUGCAGAGGAUGGAAGCAGAGCAGUUCGCAGAGGUGAUUGCAGCGGCGACUGAGCACGAGAUGCUGAGGAAUAUAGAGCAGCAACAUGUAAUGGCGAGGUUUAUGGGUGUUGGAAAUGUUGUUGAUUCGUCGUCUUGUCAGCCAUUGGAGUUGGUUUCACCGCAUAUUGGUGGGUUUCAGGGCUCGCUUGCGGUGUUGCAGCAGAAACACGGAGGACAGGUACAGGAAGGGAGUGGGGCUCAAGUUCGUCAUGUCAGAAGAAGUUUUGAUGAUGGGAGAAAUGGAGUUGGUCCAUCUUCAUCAUGAUAAUCUUUUUCUUGUUGGUGGUGAAGUUUUCUGCUUUGUUGCGUCGAGAUUGCUGUGUUUGUUUUAUGCUCUGAGACUGCAGUGCAGAAGCACGCAAUUGUUUGUCUGACACCACCAUUAAUUUCAUAUGCUGACAGAUGAAUUCCCCGUACAGAAUGCAGCAGGCCUAUAUUUCAAGCUCAAGAAACGAACAUAAAACUGAUAUUUUUUGCAGAGCAGACAAAUGGGGAAGAUGAAGCCGCACCAGUAGCAUACCCUGCAAUAAACGUAAAGAAUCACAUAAUGAUAAGUACUUCUAUAUAUAUUUAUAUGUAUAAAGCUAUGUUUUUUAGCCUUUUUUGGUUGUUUAUGCAGAGGUUUUGCUGAUUGAGGUAACUGGUCUCGAAUAUGCUUUUCUGUUUGUGGGGAAUGAGUACUUUUAUUUUCCAUGUUUUGUUUUUGCCGCUCUUUGCUGGCUUUGGAGGGUUAGAAAACAACAAAAUAACUUAUUGUUUUGAGUUUAAU